AUGUUAUCUGCAGAAGAACAGCGGCCAGUAAAGCUAGAAUUUAUCGUUGAUAUAAAUGAUCAACAAAAAGUAACUGAACUUCGAAAUAUUCUCUCGAACCAAAACGGUAUAAAAAAUGCUGAUAUUAAUCUCGACAAUAAACGCGUCGUCGUUGAAACAACAUUACAAUCAAGCAAAGUACAAAACAUAAUCGAAAAUUCACUUAAGACUGAUGCUGUGCUCAUGGGCGCCGCUGUGUCAGCUGUAGUUGGUAAAGAUUCACGCGUAUGUGGUCUCGUUCGGUUUAUUCAAGUUGAAGAAAAUACAUGCGUUGUUGAUGGUUCAAUUGACGGUUUGAGUCCGGGUGAACAUGGAAUAAAUAUACACGAAUUUGGAGAUUUAUCAAGUGGCUGUGACAGUUGUGGAGAUCAUUAUAAUCCAUUUCGUAAGUCACACGGAGGACCAACAGAUAGUGAAAGGCACGUUGGUGAUUUGGGCAAUGUUGUAGCCGAUGAAUAUGGUUCAGCUCGGUUUCGUUUAUUAAAUCGUUUUGUUAAAGUAUCAGAUAUAAUUGGACGGUCGUUUGUUGUCCAUGCAAACAAAGAUGAUUAUGGCCUUGGUGAUAAUUAUUUAUCAAAAAUGACAGGAAAUUCUGAACCACGUUUAGCAUGUGGAAUUAUAGCUCGUAGUGCAGGAUUAUUCGAGAACACAAAACGUUUAUGUACAUGUUCUGGCGCUACAAUAUGGGAAGAACGAAAACAAGCAAAAGCCAAAGAACAAAUAUUUUCUAAUAGAACAUCAUCCUGA